AUGAGGAAUAAGAGAGUGUUUUCAGACAAACCAGGGCUUGUGGAGGAGGUCAAGUGGCUGAAGGAGGAGCUAGGUUUCCACCACGCCUUCAACCACAAGACGGUGAACGUGGAGAAGGCGCUGAAGGAGGCCACCCCAAAUGGCGUCGACUGCUACUUCGACAACGUGGGCGGCGAACAGAGCAGUGCGGUGAUCAGCAACAUGCGUCAGCGCGGCCGCAUAUCCGUGUGCUGCUGCAUCUCCACCUACAACGUCACCAAGGUGGCCAUCGCGCCCGUCGUCCAGAUGCACAUGGUCGGGAAGGAACUCGUAAUGGAGGGUUUCAUGGUGACCCGGUUGCUGGACCAGUGGAAUAAGGCCUUCCUCGAGAUGGCACAGUGGAUCGAGGAGGGAAAGCUCAAAUACAGGGAGACCGUCACGGAGGGCUUCGAAAACACGCCGAAAGCUUUCAUCGGUAUGCUCAGGGGUGAAAACCUUGGGAAAGCUGUCGUGAAGGUGUGA